UAGCCAACCCUAACUGUUGGGAUAUUUAAGACCGGAACUGAUUUCUUAUACAUGUUGCUGCUGCAAUUGCAAUUUUCAUAAGAACAUGGUUCCAGAUGAAGUUCAAAAGGUUGUGAUGACCCAAAACAUGGGUCUGCUGUAUAAUUUUUACAUAUAUAUUUUUUUCUUUCGGACAUUCUUAUGAAGAUGUUUUUUUAUGUUAAUUUGGGAGUGAUAUUAUUGCCUAAAGAGAAUGUCAUCUCAUAAUUUUCAUACUCUCUGUCUCCUUUACCACUUUUGUUGGUCCCAUUUCUAUUGUGACUUCUACCUAUCAUUUUUUAUGUUAAGUUUAACUCGAAACUAUUUCUGAUACCCAAGUGAAUUGAAGAUUGACUACUACCAAAUACUAGUAACUAAUAUAAGCUUGGCCUUUUCUUGCAUGCGGUGACCAUAAAAACUAAAAUGAUGGAAGAACCUACAAAUCUUUACUGCUUAUUGUUAUAUUUCAGUAAAAUGAGAUACAUAAGCCAAUAGUCGAGUAAGAGCAUAGCACACUUUUGGGAAAGCAAUCGAAAGAAUGAUGUCACCGGAAUGCUUCUAAUGAUUGACAGUUUUGGAUGUGUGUGAUGCCAUGGUGACUGUGCAUCCACAGUGCUUUUUCUAGGUUAUUCCAAUUUCCCUUUUAGCUUAUAAAAAUUAUAAUAUUAAGCAAUGAUGUUUAAAUAUCAAUUGCUUGUGGUAUGCUUCAGCUGUAGUAUUUUGCUUGUUUAACUUUGAUCAGUUGUUCUAUGAUGAUUAUGCUUUCAUUUUUAGGCUGCAUGCCCUACGCAAGGACGAUAGCAACAGUACUAAGUACAAAUCUAUAACAGAUUUACACAUCUGGAAGCAACAUUAGAAAGAAUUUUAGCUCCGCUAGGGUGAUCAUGAGGUCUUCAUCUUUCUGUUGCUUGAAAAGCAUCUCAAAAUCUUUCACACACAGGUCAUCAAACUCCUUCAACCAUCUCCAGUGGAUGUUUACAAGGUGAACCACAUUGGACCAGAGGGAAAAAGGGCUCAAGAUCGUCCCACCACAUGAUGGUUAUAUCCUGGAUUCUGCCGAAGCUGGAAGGCUUGGAGAUCCCUGACACUUUCCAUUUUGGAGCUCGUUCUGCAUGUGCAGGCUUCACGGUCUCAGGUUCCGUUGACCAGUCCAAUGGUUCCUUCCUCGAUGGAACACAGACUGGGACAUGUGCUGACAUGCAUCUCAUAUCCGACCUCCUACUGUCAUUUACACACAGGGAAAUGGAGCUCCACGGAUCACUCUGCAUAUGCCAAUGGUGCUUUAGCAUAUCUGCAGCGGAAAGUGAAUGGCAUUUGGAAUAUGACCGAGCUGUCGCAUGUUCAUCCUUGAAGAAUAUUGAUCACAUUCACCGAAAGAAGGCACCACAGAAUCCAAUAAUUGGAGCCCUUUGUACAAGCAAGCGGAUACAGUUGGGAAUAAAGCUGCCGCAGGUGGAAGAUUAUAAUAAGCAUGAUAGGGGGAAAAGAAGGGACCAGGUGAGCGCAGUGGUUCUCUUGCAUGCUUUUUGUUCCUGUUGUUUAACGUGACGCAAGAUCGACAUCCCUACGAUCUUAAAGAGGGAGACGAUAAGGGUCGUGAACCGAGAUAAACAUGAGCUGUUGUGCUUGCGGUAUAGACAAGACUCUUCAUCCCAUAGCACUUCCCAGGACUGUUACGUGAUGAGAUGCAAAGAUUGCAGCCACAAGACAUCAUAAAGUCAAAGACGGGAAAGGGAUGGGGGAAUAAGAUGAGAAGCGAAGGCCACCGAGGGCCCGAAGUGGAAAAGCUUCGUGGUGUUGACGUCGUGGUGGCGCACCCGGACGCGGGGCCAAAGAAGGCCCGAGAGACAUCAUCGUGGGCCAUGCAGUGAGACUUUGGUGCUGGAAGUCAGAAGAAAAUUUGGAGCGCCAGGUCCUGUCCCCCAUGGGGCCUCACCCACUUCGGAAACUCGAGCUGAUUGGAUCAACCAUUGUGGGUCCCAAGGAAUGACCGGGUUCUUCAGCGUGGAGCUUCGAAGGAACUUCGGGUCGUACGCGUGCACUCGGCAGCGGUACGCGCGGUGUCUACGUGGAGACGCGUCAACGCUGUGCCACCGACACGUUGCGGUGACGCGGCCCCUCACGUGGGUCUUAAAUGACUAAUUUGCCCCCGAAUCAAUGCGAGAAAUCGCCGAACCACGCUAUUGCCCAAGGAUGAUACGUGUCGCUCUCGGAUUCCCAGACCACAGGAGCCACAUUUCCCUGUCCCCACAAGAUGCUUUUAAGCGGUCGAGGGCAUGGCGAGAGGGUGGUGGAGCGCAGCAGCGACUGGUAGUAGCAGCGGCGAGGAGGAGUUGGCAAAACGAUCGAGUUUUCGGAUCCGUCCAACAUAUUCGAAUCCAAGGGAACAACAGCAAGUCGACGGCGAGGACGGUAAUGGCGUCGCCGAGCUCCUGCUUCCACGUCCUCCUCCUCCUCCUCCUCCUCUUCUCAGGUCAAGUCAUCCGAGUAGUUCUGAGCAUGGCGGUGGGCAUCAACUACGGGCAGAUCGCGAACGACCUGCCGUCCCCCGGUCGAGUCGCGAGCCUCCUCCGCUCCCUCAACAUCAGCCGAGUGAAACUGUACGACGCGGACCAGAACGUGCUCAGCGCCUUCCUCAACACCGACGUCGAGUUCGUGAUCGGGAUCGGCAACGAGAACGUGUCGGCGAUGACGGACCCCGCGGCCGCCCUGGGAUGGCUGGAGCAGCACGUCCUGCCCUACCUCCCCUACACCAAGAUCACCUGCAUCGCCGUUGGCAACGAGGUGUUCAAAGGCAACGACACCACUCUGAUGGCCGACCUCCUCCCCGCCAUGGAAUCGGUUCACCAGGGACUGGUCUCGCUCAGCCUGGAGACGAAGGUGAACGUCACCAGCGCCCACUCCUUGGACAUGUUGGGGAACUCCUACCCUCCCUCCGCCGGCUCCUUCCGCCAGGAUCUCGCCGUCUUCAUCCAGCCCAUCCUCAACUUCCACUCCGUCACCAAGUCGCCCUUUCUCAUCAACGCCUACCCUUACUUCGCCUACAAGGCGAACCCUAAUGCAGUCUCGCUGGACUACGUCCUCUUCGAGCCGAACACGGGAGUCGUGGAUCCCAACACCAAUCUGAACUAUGACAACAUGCUGUACGCUCAGAUCGACGCGGUUUACUCUGCCAUCAGGACGUGGGGGCACGCCGACAUCGAGGUCAGGAUUUCUGAGACGGGGUGGCCAUCGAGAGGUGACAGUGAUGAGGUGGGAGCGACACCGGAGAAUGCUGCAAGAUACAAUGGUAAUCUGCUGCAGAGGAUAGGGAUGAGCGAGGGCACUCCUCUGAAGCCGACGGUGCCUGUGGAUAUAUAUGUGUUUGCCCUGUUCAACGAGGAUUUGAAGCCUGGGCCGACCUCGGAGAGGAACUAUGGGUUGUUUUAUCCUGAUGGCACUCCUGUUUAUAAUGUUGGUCUGCAUGGGUAUCUUCCACCCAUGUCGUCGUCGUCGUCGUCUUCGAGGUCGGCGAUGAUGAUGGCUGGUUUGAGAGCUUUCGUGUUCGCGGUGGCAGCUUUGAUCUUGGCCUGGAAGUAGCUGCUUCUGUAAGCGGCGGGCCGAAGUGGAUGGGGCGGUAAUGGCCGAGGAGAUUGCCACCCGGGGGGAGCUGAUGGUUUCAGGUUUGGCAGAUCCUUCUUUGUGCAGGUUCGGUGGGUCCGGGAUGGAAGAAAACACCACCGAACAUUCUUUGUUGGCAAUAAAAAAGAGAGAACAUCACGUAAAAUUAGCUGCCCAUUUGAUCUGUAAGAAAAAAACAUUUAGCGAAAAGUUAUGUAAGAAUACUAACCUGUGAUCAAACUGAUUGAUGAUUGUUUA